GAAGAAAACUGGAGGAAAGAGACUGUAACUGAAAAUGUGCAUACAGUGUAAAUAUUAGCCUCUGCAGUUGCUUUCUCAUAACAGAGUACAUCUCUGAGAUUUGAGAGAAACUAGGUCAGCCUGUAGGUUCUCAGAUAACCAGGACUUGUAUGGGAGACAUUCAAGGAGCACUUCAGUAUUAGGCUGCUGCAUUGCUGAAGUCCAUCUCCUGUUCACCCAGUCUUCCAGACCACGUGCUCCAUGCUUUGAGACCAGGAGGACCUUGGUGUUCUGAAAUGAAGAUGGAGGCUGUGGGAAAAGCAGAAGAACUUGUUGAUUCACAAGAUCCACCAAAGACGUCUGAAAAGCAAGAGACCGUUCCUGAUGAAGAUGGACCUAUAGAACUCGAGACACACACUCAGAAAGACAAUGUGCCCAUUGCAGCAGACUCUGCAGUGCUGUCCUCAAUGCCUUGCUUACUGAUGGAACUAAGGCGAGACUCCUCAGAGUCUCAGCUAGCAUCUACAGAGAGUGAUAAGCCAAUGGGUGGUCGAGUUUAUGAGAGUGACUCUUCCAAUCAUUGCAUGCUUUCCCCUUCUUCCAGUGGGCAUUUGGCUGACUCAGAUACAUUGUCUUCCACAGAAGAGAAUGAACCCUGUCAGGCUGAAGCUGUUGUAGAGGGAGAUCCUUCUGCGGCAUCUGGGGUUGCAGUUGGGAGGAAAUCCAGGCGAUCCAGGUCCGAAAGUGAAACUUCAACAAUGGCUGCCAAGAAAAACCGACAGUCUGUUGAUAAGCAGAAUGGUCGAGUUACCAAAGUAAAAGGUCAUCGAAGCCAAAAGCACAAGGAAAGAAUCCGGCUCUUGAGACAGAAACGGGAAGCGGCUGCUCGCAAGAAGUACAACCUGCUGCAGGACAGCAGUACCAGUGAUAGUGACCUGACGUGUGACUCGAGCACAAGCUCAUCAGAGGAUGAUGAAGAGGUUUCAGGGAGCAGCAAGACAAUCACUACAGAGAUACCAGAUGGACCUCCUGUCAUACCUCAUUAUGAUAUAUCAGACACAAAUUCAGACUCAGAAGUGGUAAAUGUGGAUAAUCUGUUGGCAGCUGCAGUAGUUCAAGAGCACAGUAAUUCCUUAGGAAAUCAAGACUCAGGAUCUGCCUGGAGAACCAGAGGGCUGCUAGAUGAACUGAGCGGUGAUACAGGUCAUUUGGAUCCAGGCUUCCUUGCAAGUGACAAAACCUCUUCUGGUAAUGUCCAGAUCAAUGAAGAAAUUCAUAUCGCCUCUUCUGAUAGCGAAGUAGAGAUUGUUGGAGUUCAAGAACAUGCCAGGUGUGUGCAUCCCAGGAGAGGCGUGAUUCAGAGUGUGUCUUCCUGGAAGCAUGGUUCAGGCUCACAGUACAUAAACACUCAGCAAACACAAUCAUGGACAGCUGUGACUCCCCAGCAGAAUUGGUCUUCACCCCCUGAAGUAGUAGACCUCACUUUGGAUGAGGAUACCAGACGUAAAUAUCUACUGUAAUUCAAUGUCACCAUGUUUCUGUCCCCGCCCCUUCUCCCCUUUAUGGCACAGAAGUUUAUUGUUAAAGCUUCAGCUUCAGAAGCUCUGCUCCUGGCAUUGCAAAAUUCAAACUCACGAAAACUUCAUACACAUGCAGUAUAAUUUCAAUGUAAUUUAAAAUGGUUUUGCCUUCUCCAAGGAGGAUUCCUCCCAGAAUUAGAAUCCGAUAGCACCAAAUUUAAAACACAGCUAUAGUACUCUAAUGUGUGUGUUAAUCUGAAGAAAUAAGUGUGUGCAAACUUAAAUCCUCCCACCUUUUCCCACCUACAGAAUUCCCUACCUAUUCCCUUUAGAAUAUUUUUCAUUUAUCAGUAUAUUGAAGACUUUUUUUUGUUAGAAGUUAGUGUUUUGCUGUGUGAGCAUCAGUGAUUUUGAGAAAUGCUGGGUUCUCACUGAUUUUAGUGGAAUUGGGGGUAUUCAACACUUGCAAAAACUGGGCCAAGAGUAUUCAUACCUAAGCUGAUUUGGUGUAUACCAGCAGAAGUGACUGUCUUUAAUACAAAUGGCCCAUAACAUAUGCACUGAACAGCUUUUAAAGGACUUUUAUUUUUAAUAAUUUUUCAGUUUACACUCUUUCCAGUGCUGUCUACUUGACUACUGUGUUUUGCUGAUCAUUUCCCACUGCUUAUUAUGAUUUAAAAUAGUAAUAGUAGUGACUUAGUAGCAGCUGGUUAUUGCAAAAGCACGGGGAAAAAGUAAUAAAAAGGCCCAGCAUCUGUCUCCAUUUUAAAUAUAUCUGAACUUUUCUACCUGUACCUGGGUCUUGCCUGGAGUAGGAGGAGGAGAGAAAUGAAACAUUUCACUCAUAGGUCUCAUUUCUGCUGUUGUUUAUUUGCUUCAUUGAGUAUACAACGAAAUUCCAAAGCCCCAGGCUGGCAAAGCACUUUAGCAGCUGAAACUGUGGGGCCACUCAAGUGCUUAAAACCCUGUCCUAAGUGAUGUUUCAGGAUCAGGGCCUGAGGUUGGGAUCUUUGUUUUGUUUGUUUGUUGGGUUUUUUUUUUUUUGUAAACCCCUAUAUCUGGACUGUUUUCCUGGCUCUGGGCCAUGUCUCUUAUCCUAGCUUUGGAAUUGUUUUGGGGGUAUGAUCCAGGAUCCACUUGUCUACCAGAAUACUGACUGAAAUCAGUGUAACUACUUCCUUGAGCAGGCUGUGAUUCCUGUAGCGUGUAUGGGAAUUCCCGCCCCUCAUCUGUCAUUCUGAGCCUUUCUCAAGGCAAAAACCAAAGAUUAGACUAUAACAAGAUGACAUUCACUUUGAAGACUACUGUGCAAUUAAAAUGUUCCUUUGUAUUCCAAAUGUUCCUAGUGGAAAUUUUGUACAGCUCUAUCCUUGGAUUAUAUUUUUCUUUUUGCCAUUUAAGGUGGUAGUAGGGACAUGGGAAGUUGUGAUUUUCUUUUUUCUGUUGGCUGGUUUCUGAAUUUACUUGACUUCCAAUAAUUGUAUCUGUAGGCAAGAAAAAUAAAUAAGGUUACCUAUUUUUCACAUAGAGAAACAAAAAAAAAACCCUGUAUUGUUAGUAACAAAGAG